AUGGCGACUGGUUUCGACGCCGAUCACACUGAUCCUCCUCCAUCAUCUGCAAAGAAGACAGGAUUCCUCAAGACAUGCUUCAAUGGAGUCAAUGCUCUAUCAGGGAUUGGGCUCCUCUCCAUCCCAUACGCGCUGUCCCAGGGCGGGUGGCUGAGCCUGCUCGUCUUCCUCGCCGUUGCCGUCAUCUGCUGCUACACGGGGCUCCUCCUGCAGCGCUGUAUGGACGCCAGCCCGCUCGUGCGGACCUACCCGGACAUCGGAGCGCUAGCGUUCGGCCGCAAAGGCCGGCUCGCCGUCGCCACGUUCAUGUACCUCGAGCUCUACCUCGUCGCCGUGGAUUUCCUCAUCCUCGAGGGCGACAACCUGCACAAGCUGUUCCCGGCGGCGGGCCUCCGGGUCGGCGCGCUCAGGAUCGGAGGGAAGCAGGGGUUCGUGCUGGCUGCCACGCUGGCCGUGCUGCCCACGACGUGGUUCAGCAACCUGAGCGUGCUGGCCUACGUCUCUGCCGGCGGCGCGCUCGCGUCCGUCGUCCUCAUCGCCGCCGUCAUGUGGGUUGCGGUGUUUGAUGGGGUUGGGUUCCACGAGAGGGGAAGGCUCAUACACUGGGCUGGCAUGCCGAGCGCCAUGAGCUUGUACUCGUUUUGCUUCAGUGGACACGCCGUCUUCCCUAUGAUAUACACGGGGAUGAAAUGUAGGAAAAAGUUCCCAAUGGUGCUGUUCAUCUGCUUCACCGUCAGCACGCUCAGCUACGGCUUCAUGGGUGUCAUCGGGUACCUCAUGUACGGCGACGCGCUCAAGUCCCAGGUGACCCUCAACCUCCCGUACGGGAAGGUGAGCUCCAAGAUCGCCAUCUACACGACGCUGGUGAACCCGCUGACGAAGUACGCGCUGGUGAUGACGCCCAUCGCCGAGGCCCUCGAGGCCGUGCUCGGCGUCUGCAAAAAUCGACUCCUCUGCGUCCUCGUCAGGACGGCACUCGUCGCCGGCACCGCCGUCGUCGCGCUGGCCGUGCCCUUCUUCGCCGACGUCGUCGCGCUCACCGGCGCGCUCCUCAGCUGCACGGCCACCAUGCUGCUGCCGUGCCUGUGCUACCUCAGGGUUCGCGCCAAAGUCAGGCCGUCCGAGAAGAUGUACCGGCCGGAGACGGCGGCCUGCGCGGCUAUCAUUGUGGUUGCCGCGGCGAUUGUUGGGUUGGGCACUUACAGUUCUGUGAAGCAGAUUGUUCGGAAGCUGUAA